AUGGAGAUAGAGGCGCUCGAGAAGCUCUCGUUGGUGAACUCGAUCACACAGGAAUUGGUCAACCACACGGGCAUGAACGACAAGGUCCUCGCCGAAUUCCUGAUCGACUUGCACGAACAGUCGUCCUCUCUCGAUGCAUUCAGACAGGCACUCGUCGACAAUGGAGCAGAGGGACUGCCAGACUCUUUUGUCACAUCCAUGGAUAGGCUCGUGCUUCGCAUGCACCCGAAGCACAAGAAGCCUCGCGCUGUGCAAGACACGAACGGUCACUCAAAGUCGAUUGAAACAGUUGAUGCAGUAGCAAGCACGGGCGAUCCUGCGCAAGAUGCAGAGCGAGAGAGGAAGAAGAGACUGUUUCCCGGUCUCGCUAUGCCGGACACGGAGUGGCAGCCCAGCUUUGAGCCAGACAUGGCGACAGACAAAGCCAGCAAGUCCAAAACAGCCGACUUGUUGGGCGUCGACGAUCUGAUGAGUCAGCUCGAAUCCGAAGCCAAGAAGCGCAGGACGUUGCCCGCAAUAGAGGAAGAUGAGACAUCCAACAAACGCAUGAGAAGAGACUCUCGUUCGCCCCCGAUGCCUGAUCGUUCACGACGGCGGAGCCCAGAUUAUACGUCCUCACGCAACGGUGACGAACGAGGUCGUUCGAGGGAAGAUCGCAGGCCGAUACUACCCAGUCGUGAUGCAAUGGACGACAAGCCGACCUUGUACAAGGUUUAUCCAGGCAAAGUCACAGGCCUCAAGAACUUUGGCGCAUUCGUCAGCCUGAGUAACCUACGCGGUCGAUUCGAAGGACUUGUCCACGUGGGCUCGAUCGGUGUAGGCAGAAUCAACGACCCGGCAGAUGUGCUCUCUCGCGGGCAAUCCGUAUACGUCAAAGUCAUGUCGAUUGCGGGCAACAGGAUAGGACUCAGCAUGCGCGAUGCCGACCAGCAGUCUGGCUCUGAUCUCACUCCCCACCUGAGGAUAAAGAGCGAAGCCGAGCUAGCAGAAGAGGAAGCUAGCAAAUACGCCACUGGCGCCAACGGCGUGCUAGGCUCUCGGGGAGGGCAGAGUAAGCCACCUAUGCAGUUUGACGAUAACGUACGCUCUUCAGCAAGGAGAAUGACCAGUCCGGAGCGGUGGGAGAUCAAGCAAUUGAUCGCCUCGGGUCAUGCAAAACGGAGCGAUUACCCGAACCUCGACGAUGACUUUGCGACCCCCUCUUCGAAGCCUGGGGAAGCAGAUGCAGAUGAAGAGGUCGAGGUCGAGGUGCGAGAGGAAGAAGCGCCAUUCCUGGCCGGCCAGACCAAACGUGUUCUCGAUCUCUCGCCGGUCAAGAUCGUCAAAGCGCCCGAUGGUACCCUCAACCGAGCAGCUCUGUCUGGUGCAUCUCUCGCAAAGGAGCGCAAGGAGCUCAAGCAGCAAGAAGCCAACGACGUCGAUGCUGAGACGACCAAUAUCAACCAGGCUUGGCUUGACCCGGCUGCAAAUCCUGCAGAUCGUACUUUUGCACAGGACAUGCGAGGCAAUGCGUUGGGACGCAAGGAGCAGCAACAGCCAGCUUGGCGAGCGGCGACAAAAUCUCUUGCGUUUGGUAAGAUGACGACAAUGUCGAUGCAACAGCAGCGCGAAUCUUUGCCGAUCUACAAGUUCAAGGAUAAGCUCAUAGAAGCCAUCACGGAAAAUCAGGUCCUCGUCGUCGUCGGCGACACCGGGUCCGGCAAGACGACUCAGAUGACACAGUACCUGGCAGAGGCUGGCUUUGCGGAUCGCGGCAAGAUUGGCUGCACACAGCCUCGACGAGUUGCCGCCGUGUCUGUUGCGAAGCGAGUGGCCGAAGAAGUCGGCUGUCGAGUCGGUCAGGAAGUAGGCUAUACAAUUCGUUUCGAAGACUGCACUUCGCCAGAAACGCGAAUAAAGUACAUGACAGAUGGUAUGCUCCAGCGAGAAGCGCUCAUCGAUCCAGAUAUGAGCAACUACUCGGUCAUCAUGCUCGACGAAGCCCACGAGCGUACCAUCGCUACCGAUGUGCUGUUCGGUCUGUUGAAGAAGACGCUCAAGAGGCGGAAAGAUCUCAAGCUCAUUGUCACCUCUGCCACGCUCGAUGCUGAGAAGUUCGCGCGGUACUUCUACAACUGCGACAUUUUCACCAUUCCGGGUCGGACGUUCCCAGUCGAAGUGCUGUACACCAAAGAAGCAGAAUCAGACUACCUCGACGCGUCACUCAUCACUGUCAUGCAGAUCCACCUUUCCGAGCCGCCUGGAGAUAUAUUGCUGUUCCUGACCGGCCAGGAAGAGAUCGACACGAGCUGCGAGAUCUUAUUCGAGCGCAUGCGCGCUCUCGGCCCUCAAGUGCCAGAGUUGAUCAUCUUGCCCAUCUACUCUGCACUGCCAUCCGAGAUGCAAUCACGCAUUUUCGAUCCGGCUCCGCCAGGCGCUCGCAAAGUCGUCAUCGCGACCAAUAUUGCAGAGACCUCCAUCACCAUCGAUGGCAUCUACUACGUUGUCGAUCCCGGCAUGGCGAAGCAGAAUGCAUACGAUCCCCGGCUGGGCAUGGACUCGCUCGUCGUCACGCCUAUCUCGCAAGCCCAAGCCCGACAAAGAACCGGUCGUGCUGGGCGGACAGGGCCUGGCAAAUGUUAUCGACUGUAUACAGAGGCAGCGUAUCGCAACGAGAUGCUGCCAAAUCCUGUACCCGAGAUACAGCGUCAGAAUCUCGAUCAUACCAUCCUGAUGCUCAAAGCGAUGGGUGUCAAUGAUCUGAUCAAUUUUGAUUUUAUGGAUCCACCACCUCAGCAGACACUCGUGACGGCACUCGAACAGCUCUACGCCCUGUCAGCCCUCGAUGACGAGGGUCUACUGACUCGUCUGGGCCGCAAGAUGGCCGACUUUCCUAUGACGCCGCCGCUCGCCCGUAUGCUCAUCGAAUCUGUCGAUUUGGGCUGCUCGGAGGAAGCGUUGACGAUCGUGGCAAUGCUGUCGAUCCCGAGUCCGUUCUACCGACCAAAGGACAAGCAAGCGCAAGCAGACGCGAAGAAGGCCAAGUUCCAUCAGCCCGAAGGCGAUCAUCUGACUUUGCUCAUGGUCUACAAUGGAUGGAAAGCGAGCAAAUUCUCUGCUCCGUGGUGUAGCGAUAACUUUGUCCAGGCUCGAUCGCUGAAGAAGGCACAAGAUGUGCGAAAACAGCUCGUAGGCAUCAUGGAUCGAUACAAGUACGAUCUCGUGUCUGCCGGCAGACAGUUUCACCGGGUUCAACGGGCUAUCUGUGCUGGCUUCUUCCGCAAUGCUGCUAAGAAGGAUCCUCAAGAGGGCUACAAGACGCUCGUCGAGGGAACGCCAGUCUUCUUGCACCCCAGCUCGUCGCUGUUCAACCGAGCGCCAGAAUGGGCGGUCUAUCACGAGCUCGUCUUGACCUCGAAAGAGUACAUGCGCGAAGUGACUGCGAUCGAUCCAAAGUGGCUCGUCAACGCUGCGCCCAACUUCUUCAGAGUGGCAGAUGCCAACAAGCUCUCGAAGCGAAAGCGAGCAGAAAAAGUCGCGCCGUUGUUCGAUCGAUUCGCAAAGGAGCAAGACGACUGGCGUAUCUCAAAAGUCAAGCGAGCCGUCCGUACGAGUCAGUCGUUUGGCUAG